AUGUCGUCAUCACACCCCGCCCCCCAAUCCUUCGUGGCAGUUUUCGUAGGGGCAACGAGGGGCAUCGGUCUCGCUACUCUCAAGGCUCUUACCCGGGCUUUGCCUAAUCCACGGUUCUACAUUAUUGGUCGGUCGAAAGCGAGGUUUGCGGGUGAACUCGCACUUCUAAACGAAUACAACCCAAACGCUGCGAUCCAAUUCGUCGAAGCUGAGGUCUCGCUUAUCAAAGGUAUUGAAGGUGUUUGUGAGAGGAUUAUGAACUUGGAGAAACAUGUGGAUUUGUUGUUUAUGAGUCCUGGAUCUUUGGCGUUCGGUGGACCCCAUUAUACUGAGGAGAAGCUUGAUCUUUGUUUUGCUCUAUCCUUUUACAUCCGCAUGCGUCUUAUCGAACGCUUACUCCCCAUGCUCAUGCAAGCACCCCACCCACGGGUUCUCUCCGUCCUAGCUGGGGGUCAUGAGGGUCCACUAUUUACCAAUGACGGGGACAUUGGAUUGCGCAAGAAAGUUGUCUUGGUUGCAUGUGCAUCCUGGUUGGGUGGCGACUACCUUUCUAUCUGA